AUGAAUGUUCAACAUAGGUUUCCGAUAGAUGAAGAUCCGGGUAAAGUUAAAGAUAAAUAUUUUGAAGAUUUAUGGUUGGAAGCUAAGAAGCAAUGGAAUAUCGAGUCUGAUGACAUGAAAGAUUAUAUGAAGAGGAGAACUGUUAAACUUGCAUCAAAUUUUAAAUCAAGGCUAGUUUCAAAAUUUGUAAAUAAUGAAUUAGAUGCAUGUGUUGUAUAUACCUUUAUACCUCGCGAUGUUUGGGAUAGAUUCGUUGCACAAAAAACUACACCUGAGUUUUUGGAACGAGAAGAGAAAAAUAUGAUAGCCGAUGGGAGCUAUUAUCAAAAUGAGGAAGACCCUCGAAAAUCGAUACCGCGGGUGGACACGAACCAAACAUUCCGUGAAUCUAAUGGUGUGUCCGGUGGACGAUGGGUAGAAUAUCCAUCUAUUGAGGUUAUGAUAGCAUGUGAUUUGCUAUUAAAAGUUGCUGAUACUGAGUUGAAAGUAGCUUCUGGUAUGACAUGGCCAACCUCAGAAACGGUUAUAUAUUCAAAACCAAUAAAUGAAGGUUGUGUUAAAGUUCAAGUUGAUGAGAUCGUAGAAAUAUAUGAGAACUUGUCUGUGCAUGCCGUAACACAAACGGAUGAAGUUGAAUUUGUUAAACAUCUGCUUCAUAGCAUCGUUCAGUGGCCGAGAUAUGCAUUAAAGCUUGCGAACAAAACACCGAGCAAGUCAAAUAGUGGUACAAGAAUGGGCUCGAAUCACUCCUCUCCACAGAUACACGUUGAUGACACCACAACCUCAUUUCAUCGUCCACAGUUUGAGGAAAACCAAUUUCCUUAUCAUCAUCAAAUGGAUGCUAAUGAACCUUUUCAAGGUGGUUUGGUUGAUAUGAUAUUAUCUAUGAAUCCACAACAAAUUGAUUUAAAUGCACUCGGAUCCGGGCCCAGGCCCAGGUUAGAACGUGAACGCGAUCCCAAUCCUGAUCCUGAACUCGAACCCGAACCCGAUCACGAACCCGAACCCGAACCCGAAUCUGAAUCCGAAUCCGAACCUGAAAUCGAACCGUUUACAUGUGUAGAUGGCGCUCUUUAUAUAUCCUUGAGGAAAGUACAACAAAAAGUCCUAAAAUUCAAGCUAUUGCUUUUCAAGUAG